GCCAUCUCUAUGAUUAUCUGCCACCUGUUUGAAGCUGUUCCUUUCUCUCCAUGCUUGGCCAGUGCCACACUGACCAGCCACACUCACCUGACCCUGUCCAGCCUCACCUGUCGUGUUUGUUGGAUCACCUGCACUUUUUGGACAGCCCUUUUAAAAGCCUGCUCAGAGGCUAAACUGAAAGUGUUCUCUGUACAACAGCUGAUGAAGAUGUUGCCUCUCCUGAUACUGGCUGGUUUGCUGUUUAAAGCCUGCACAUCGCAGAUUACUGGUUAUGGAAAUACAACAGCUGACUAUGGCAGCGAUGCGUAUUACAGAUGCACAGCCAACCCUACAGGUGUGCUCCAGGUUACAUGGCAGAGGCUUUUCAAAGACGACUCCAUUGAGAAUCUGGCAACCUACAGCAAGCGGUUUGGACAGCAAGUAAAUGAGCCUUACAGAGGGAAAGUGAUCUUCACAGAGGCGUCUCUCAACUCGACGUCGAUCACUCUGGCGAAUGUUACAUGGGCGGAUGAAAGCUGUUAUAUUUGCUCUUUCAACGUGUAUCCCGAUGGGUCCAAAAGAAAGCAGACUUGCCUCACGGUGCGAGGGAUAUCCAGGUUUAAAACAGAAGUGCAAGUUCCCAGCAGAGAACAGGACGACGAAUACGUGAAGGUUGUGUUCAGCUGCUCUGCUACAGGUAAACCAGCUCCAACCAUUCAGUGGGACUUCUCACCUGGUGCCACCCCGGCACACCAGCCACGGACUACUACAGUAACAAACAGUGACCACACUUUUACCAGCAGCAGUAACAUCACUCUGCAAGUGCCCACAAACUGGAAAGGAAAUGUGGAUUGUCUUCUGAACACUGGAGUAACGGGACAGAGGCGGGAGAGGAUUCCCUUUUCUUUACCUGAGGAGAAGGAGAAGGAGGAAGAUGGUCUAACCUCUGUGAUAGAAACCCAGCAGACUGUGAUGGCAGCAGUGGGAGAAGAGGCUCAGUUAAACUGUCAGCUGAUGCAAUCUAAAGAUGUUCUGCAGGUCACAUGGCAGAAACUAUUACCUGAGGGGGAGAAGAAUCUAGCUACUUACAACAAAUACUUUGGUCAAAAGGUGAAUGCUGGUUUUGAAGAGAAAGUGGAGUUUAAAUGUGCUGGACUACAGAACAGCUCCAUAGUCAUCAGGAAGGUGACGGAGCAGGAUGAAGGAUGCUAUCGCUGUUUGUUUAACAUCUACCCUGAAGGAGCUCUCACUGCUACAACCUGCCUCCUUCUCUAUGAGCUGCAUGAACCUAUUCUCCAUGUUGGAGAAUCCAUCUCUCCUGAAGAGGCAGUAGUGUCCUGCUCGGCCACAGGUCGACCUGCUCCCACAGUUACACUGACUGUCCCUCACCACAACUCUUCCAGUGUCACCAACACCAACGGUACAGUCACUGUCACCACUACAGCUGCGCUGCCUCGUCUCCAUGGCAACAGCACACAGGUUGGAUGUGCAGUGCGAUUGCUCUCUGGUCCUCAGAUAGAGGUGUUUACCAUGAUUCCUGAGAUCAGACAGCCGUCUGCUGAUGGUUUUUAUGAGAAAUCUAUCUCUGAUAACAAUGAUCACAAUUUCACUUUGAUCCUUGUCUUGUCUGUGGUAAUGGCCGGUGUUUGUCUUGCUGUAAUCAUCACCGUCUGGCUCAUAAGAAAACAUUGGAGCCGGUAA